CAUUAAAAGCAAAAUCAUUAAUGGCAGGAUUUUUUUUGUUCUAUCAAGUGCUGAUGAUGAUGGUUAUUGUUGUUGUUUUAUGUUUAUUGUCAUUUGCAUACGCCACAUCAUCAUCAACAACAACAGCAACAUCAUUGGUGGAUGGUAAUCAAUUUUUUUUACCAUCCCAUCAUUAUGAUUUAAUACAACAUUCGACAACUCCAUUUACAUCAUCUACUGAUUGUGAUCAAGUAUUCAUUAGCAAAACGCUCAAUAUAACAAAUGGAACAUAUAAUGGUACAUUUGUUGGACCAUCAUUUAGGAUACCGAUGCCAGCAACAACUGUUUCUUCAAGUAUUAUUUCAUCAUCAUCAUCAAAUACUAGUGAUCAAUCGACAGCAGUGAAUCCAUCAUCAGAUAAUGAAUCGAAUUUAAAUCGUUAUACAAGACAAUGUAUCUAUACAUUUAUUGCCGGACCAAAUGAACGUGUACGAGUUUCAUUCACUAAAUUUAGUCCUCGUUCUGAAUUGCCCGAAUGCCUAGAUGAAUAUGUUGAUGUUUAUGCUGAAUUAAAGAAUCCAGAUACGGAUCUAUUAAGUACACCAUUUGGUGGUCGUUACUGUGAUCUAGUCAUACCACAUGAUCGCAUUUCAUUAUUUCAAACAAUUGUGAUCAGUUUCUAUACAGCUAAACUAACCGAUGGUUCAAUAUUAAAUGGUAGCGAUAUAUUCGAGGGUACAUAUCAGUUUAUCAAUGCCGCACCAUAUGUGGCUGGAACUCCUAUGCCCAAUGAAAUAUGUAGCUAUACAAUCCAUAGUGAAGCACGACGUGAAGGCGAAUUUAUGACUCCAACAUAUCCGGGUGUUUAUCCAAAAAAUAUUACCUGUUAUUAUCUAUUCAAAGGUGUUAAAGGACAACGUGUGAAAUUGGAAUUUAUGGAUUUUGAUCUAUUCUAUGGUGGACCACAUUGUCCUUAUGAUUAUGUUAAAAUAUUUGAUGGUGAAACAACACGAUCACCAUUGAUUAAUAUAUAUUGUGGUCAACAACGACAAUUAUUUGUAUUUUCAUCCGGAAUCAAUCUAUUAGUACAAUUUACAACGCUCAAACGAAUAUCAUCGGUAAAUCAGAAUCGUGGAUUUUCCGGUUAUUAUGAAUUUUCUGAAAAAUUUGUCAAUCUUGGAUUCAUUUUAAACAAUGAAAAUAGUGAACAUAUUCGUGGAACAGAAUGUGAUCAGAAAAUAUUUAGUCGUAAAGAAUCGAAUGGAACAAUUUAUGCACCAAAUUAUCCAUUUUUAUAUCAUUCAAAUAUAAUGUGCAAAUAUUUUCUAUACGGAUUACAGGAUGCUCAAAAUUUAGAACGUAUUAAUUUUCAUUUUGAAAUGUUGCAAAUACCUACUAAAGAUGUUAACGAGUAUGUUUUUUUUGUAUCAUUCAUUUUAAAUCAAUCAAUCAAUCAAUUUAAUAUGAUUGCUGAUUUUGUUAACUAUUUUUAUUUUAGAUGUACUGAUGCAUAUGUUCGACUAUAUACACAGCUACAAGCUAUGGAUGAAUUUGAUUAUGUUUUUUGUGGUGAAACAAUACCACCACCAGUUGUAUCGGAUGGACCAUUAUUAUUAGUUGUAUUUAAUUCUGGUUCAACUCAAGGACAAGGUUUUAAAGCACAUUAUUGGUUUGAAACGGAUUAUAAAAUAAUGGGAACACAAGCAUCACCUGGUCAAUGUCAUUUUUCAUAUGUAAGCAGCGGUAGUAAAUCCGGUGAAUUUAAUUCACCUCGACAUCCAUCCAAUUAUCCAUCAAAUACGUAUUGUAUAUUUGAAUUUUUCGGUGAACCAGAUGAACAGGUCAAAGUUGUUUUCAAUCAAUUUAAAUUCAGUGAUGCUGAAGUUGCAUCAUUGAGUAUUCCUGGUUAUAAUGAAAAAUGUACACAUGAUUGGCUUGAAGUAUACAGUGUUGAUAGUGGAACUGGUCGUGAACAAUUCUAUGGACGUUAUUGUGGAUUUACAGCACCGGGACCAAUUCUAACCGAAACCGGUGUUAGUCAAAUUAAAGUGAUUAUGAAUACCGAUGAAAAUGAAGUGUCCAGCGGUUUUAGCGCUACCUAUAAAUUUGAUAGAGCUUCCGAUCGUGUACAAGAUUGUGGAGGAAAUUUUACAAAUUUGGAAAAUGGUAUCAUUCAAACACCUAAUUAUCCUAAUAAUUAUCCAGCUGCAAUGCAAGUUUGCAAUUGGUUUAUAACAGUUCGUCCUGGAUCCAAAGUUCUAUUAUAUUUUGAUGAAUUUUCCGUAGAAGGUGAUCCACCAAGUCGUGGUUGUCCUGGUGCUAUUGUUCGUGUAUGGCCAAAUUUAAAUCAAAAACCAAUUGAAUUAUGUGGUGAAAAAUUAAAUCGACGAGAUAAACAAUACAUUUCUGAAAAUAAUGUAAUUCGUAUCACAUUUUUAACCGCACAAAAAGCUGUUGGAGCAUUAGGAUUUUCAGCCAUUUGGACCGAAAUAGAUAUGCCAUCCGAUAAUAAUAAUGACGUGCGAAUAAAAAAUGUGACAACCUAUGGUCCUUGUACGCCAACAACAAAUCAACAGCAACAACAUCAAGAGCUUCAACAACUAACAUCACCCUCACCAUUAUCAUCAUCAUCAUCAUUGGAAAUUUCAGUCAACGCUUUGCCAUAUCAGUGUCAAAAACAUGGUUAUUGUAUUUCAGGAAAACUUCAUUGUAAUGGCAUACAAAAUUGUGGUUUUGAUGAUGAUUCCGAUGAAAAUGAUUGUAUUCAUGAAGUUAAAAUCAAUAUUGUCGAAUUAGUUGGAGGUAUGACCGGAAUGUUGAUGUUCAUAUUUUUUGCCGUCGGUAUUAUCUGUUUGACUAUCAUAUUGAUCAUCAAUUGGUAUAGACGAUCAUCCGGUGAUGAGAAAAAUGUUAGCCAUAUCAUUGAUAAGACUUGUCAACAUUAUUUUGCUCAUCCAACUACACCUGAUUAUUCUACUUAUUAUCAAUCGGAUAUGACGGCAACAAUGGGAAUUGGUACUCCACAUCGAUUAAUUGAUGUAAUGACAGUAUCAUCAUCAUCGACUACCCCUGGCGCAACUGGAACUGGUACUGGUGGUGCUGUUGCCAGUCAUCAUCAAACAAUGAAAAAUGUUCGUUGGCCAUCAGUAUCGAAUAGUGCCGAUUCUGGACAUGUUACUACGGCUGUUACUGGUGAACAGUCAGAUACUAUGUUUAUGGAUACAAUCAACACAACAAAUACAACCACAAAUGAACCGUUAGGAGCUUCAAAUUCACCACCCAUUCCACCACCACCACCACCUCCAAUAAAUCGUUCCCUAUUAAAUUUACGUCAAUCGUCGUUGAUUAAUUGUAAACAAUAUGGAGAUAACACUAUAUCAAAUCCAACUUCAAACACACAUUGUGGUACAUUCAAAUCAGAUGCUAAUCCUACUGGCCAUCAUCAUGCUCAUUAUCAAUCAUCAACAUUAGCACGUAGUAAUUUUGCUUCAUCAACAAAUAGCAGUAAUAAUAAUCGAUCAUCAAUGGCUAUGACGAUUAAUCGAUCAUUAAGUAGACAAACAGAUUCACGUACAUCAACAUUUAAAUCUAUUGCCAAUAAUGCCCCAUAUACGCCCUAUUGUACAUUACCUAAUGAUUGCAAUAGUAAACUAUCAGCACAACAACAACAACACUGCCCAUCACAAUCACCGAUAACGAAUAACAAUAACCAUUUAAUAUCAUCUUUACAUCAUCAUCAUCAUCAUCAUAAUACAUCGUCCGGUAAUGCACAUCAGAUUGAAUCAAUAUUACCACCGAUGGAUAGUAUGGAUAGUGGCUGUGGAGCUGGACAAUUAUUAUCACGAGCUACCAGAACCACCAUUGAUGAUGAUGAUGUUGACGACGAUGUAAUGAAUGAUAAUGAUCAUGAUGCUAAUGAUAAUGGUAUUGAUGGUGAUGAUGAUACUAUGAACAAUAAUAUGAUGCUUUUGAUGGAUGUUGACAAUAGUAGCCUUUUGGGUAAUAAACAAUCAGAAGAUACUAUAGGGAAUGAUGAUUAUCUUUUAAUGACCGAUCAUGAAGAACGAGCAUUACUUCGAUCAUUAAAUAAUCAUAAUAAAAGUGACACACUAACAACCAACGGUGAAGAAAGUGAUUCAAUACAAUUGGAUCAUUCAAUACAUGAAACAACACAACCAUCAAUGGUAUCAAGCUUACGCAAAUAUCAAAUAUCACGUCUACAGAAUACCGGUAAGAUUUUAUCUACGUCAUCAUCAGAAUCAAAACAACCACAACAACAAUCAUCAUCAUCAUCAACAUGGCAUCAUAAUCAAUCGGAUGUAUUUGCCACUCCCAAUACAAACUAUCUACAUCAUCAUCAACAACAUGAACAACAUGGCCAUCAUCCUCAUCAACAUCACCAAAAUCCUCCUCAUCAUCAUCAUCAUCAUCAUUCUUCUUUGAUUGUAGAUGAUUAGGAUUUAUGUUCAUUUUGUCUAUUUGUUUUUUAUUUUUUUUUCUUUUGUUGAUAGCCAUCAUCAAAUAUAACUUGAAACACCAAUUGUCCAUUUUAUUAUCCAUUCUAUCCUUAACCAAUUCAUAUUUUCCAAU